AUGGAGGAGAUUUUGAGUUCUGAUUCUUCCCAGUUCGAGUCCAGUGUAAAAAAUGUUUCUCUGUGCUGGAAGCCAUGUGGACGCCUGCGACGCUGCUGCUGCUGGGUGCCCUGGUGGCGUUUGCCACAAGCCGGGCUCAGCACCCGCUACGACCAGACUAGCGGCCGCAUCCUGCUGCUGUCCGACAGGGGUGAGUGUGGGCCAGGGGCAGGGGCUGUCCAGAGUGGGAGCCUGCUGGCUCUGCGCUGCUGGAGGCUGCCACAGUUUCUACACAGCACCUUCACCUCACCCCGUCAGUGUUUGAAACCCACCACUACACCAACUGACUACAACAACCAGCGGUCUGCAGUUCCACGCCACGAUAUUCGUGGAAACGAGGAGUCCUUCGACUUUGGUGCCUCCAGAGUUCUCGUCCGGCACCAAGACAGGUCGGGCGAAUGUCUCUGGGUCCGGCACACCAAAGACAAUCCGAGUGAGAUAAUCACAAUGUGUCAGCGGCACCUAAGGAGCCACAUCUACGGUGGUGUCGAAUCGACCUACCGCAUCUGGCCCAUCGAGGACAACGUGUACAAGCACUACGCAUACGUCGCCGAACAUACGGACCACGCCACCAUCGCUACGCGCUACUGGGUCUUCUCCGACGGAAGACUCGUUCACGUUCACACGAACGUUCCUCUCUUCGUCGACCAAAACAGCAAUCAGACGAGCAAUAAACUGUGCUUCAGUGCCGAGAACGCGUCUCCCUACCCAGAGGACCGAAGCGACAACGUGCUGGAGUACGAGCUGUGCACGUACGGUGGUCGGUAUCCAGAAGUAGCUGGCCUUUUCUGGGAAGUGGGGCCACCCGAACAGAACGUGAGAGAGCGCGCCGCAGGCAUAAUCGAGCACGGUUUCGGCUACAGCCUUCUCGAAAUAGCCAACUUCUGGGAGAGCUGCCGUGGAAGCUUCACCCCGGACGCCACCAAGUUCCCCGACAUGAAGGCGCUCGUGGACGACCUCCACGCACUGGGAUUCCCUGUCGCAUUGUGGAUACACCCAUUUAUAAACAGUGACUGCGAACCCUUCUUCUCUGAGGCACAGUCCAAGGGUUACUUUGUGCGCAAUGACAAUGGCAGCAUCAGUACUCGCUGGUGGGGUGGAUGGGCCGGUAUUAUCGACUUCACCAAUCCUGAUGCGGUAGCUUGGUGGACUGAUCGAGUUGUGGCGCUCCGCAACGAGACGGGCGUGGACUCGUUCAUGUUUGACUUCGGCGAGACGAGCUACCUGCCGCAGCCGCCGCAGCUGACACCGCUCGAGAGGACGCCCGUGGUCUACACCGACGCGUACGCCAAGGCAGUGGCCCAGUUCGGGCCCAUGGCGAGGCUGCGGUCCGGCGUCGAGAGCCAGCGCCUGCCCAACUUCUUCCACAUGGACGCGGUGGACACGGCGUGGAGCACGCAGAACGGCCUGAAGACGCUGCUGCCCAAGCUGCUGGAGAUGAGCCUGCAGGGCUACCCCUUCGUGAUGCCGGAGAGGGUGGGCGGCAGCACCAAGACGGGCGUCAUCGCCACUCGCGAGCUGUACAUCCGCUGGCUGGAGGCCAGCGCCUUCAUGCCCGCCCUCCACUUCCGCACCGUGCCCUGGGACUACGACGACGAGACGGUGGAGCUCGCACGUAAUCUGACUGCUUUGCGCGCCCAGUAUGGUCCGAAGAUCGUCGAGCUGAUGAAGCAGGCAGUGGAGGACGGAACUCCGGUCAACCGGCCCAUCUGGUGGCUCGACCCGACGGACUCCACUGCUCUCCAGAUCAGCGACGAGUACCUGCUGGGCGACGACCUGCUGGUGGCGCCGGUGACGUAUCGCACGGCCACGAGGCGCGUCAUCUACCUGCCCAAGGGAUACUGGCGGGACGAGGUGGACCCCGAGCACCCCACCAUACGGGGCCCCACCUGGCUCUACGCCUACCCCGCGCCACUCAACACUCUGCCCUACUUCACCAGGGUCAGCUCCUAGCUUUCAUUGGCUGAAAGCGAGCUCAGUUUCUAUGAAGGCUGG